AACUCCAAAUGUUUCCUAAGUUCCUCUUCCUUCAAGCAGAAUUUUAUGUCCAGAGAGGUAGAAGAAAUGGCAUCUUUCAACAAAUUAAAAAACGUGCUCAUGCUGGCGUUACAUUGGAUUCUGCAUGGAGCUGGUGCUACAGAUACCUGCCAAGUCACUGUAACACAACCCAAAUUUCAGGAAGCUGACUACUCCAUGCACACUGUGUUCCUAAGAUGCACUUUCUCAGCUUCUGGAUGUUCCUCGUUUCCACCUCAAGUUCUGUGGUUUCGCUUUUUAACUAAAAAGCAUGAGGACUUGUGUACUCCAGGAUGCAUAGAUCAGCAGAAGUACAAAGUGCAUUUAUCUGAAAAUAACAUUUUACUCCAAAUCAGUAACCUGACUGUAGAUGACAAUGCUGUCUAUAUCUGUGGAGUAGCAUUUUCAGAUUCAAGUUCACCCCAUUCUAAACAAACAGGAGAUGGUACAGAACUAACGAAAGCAGGAGCAGAGAAUCAGCACAGCAACAGAAGAGUUGGCUUCAUCUUCAUGAUCAUCACCUCAUCCUUACUGUUUCUAUACAGUGCUACCGUAUUCACAUUCUUUUUAGUCUACAAGUUAAAACCAAAGCUGCUAAAGAAAAGCAGGAACGAAGACCAAAGAACAGAGAACUGUAAAAUCACCAGUGGACGAAAAAUUUUUCAAGCAAUUGCCCAGGAACUUCAAAACCAGAGAUAUAUGGAGCAUUGCCGACAGCCUGAAGAUUUGGAAGAUGACACUGUUUAUCAGAACAGAUGAGCCUGUGCUGCUGUUCAGAUUUCUUCAGUAUUUCUCACACAGAUGAAGAAGGGAUACAUGAAGAAGUUAAUCUUCUUCACAUACUUUCUUUGCUUUAAAAACAGAGGAGACAGGAGACCUUGCAGGGCAGUGUUCUUGACAAGUAUUUUCUAAAUAGGUCACCAAACCCAAGUGCAUUGUGCAUUUAUGUUACAUUUUACUUCCAUUUUCCAUUCUUUAAGAACUAUUGGAAAAGACUCCAUAAGAUAACUGCUGACCUUCCUAAGUUUCCUUUUUCAGUUUAGAUUUAAUUCUGUGCAUUUUUUUCUUUUUACAUAAGUUUACAUUUAUUCCUUUUAUGUUAACUAAGCAUUUGUGAAAGAUGUAUAAUUGACAGCAACAGCAAAUAAACUUGUUUCACAUGUGAAAUUUUGAUUUUAGCCAUGUUAAUGUGAUAGUUAUCAACAUAAGAGAUAUACAAAACUACAAAACAAGUUACUGAGUCUUAACAAUAGCUUAAACAGAGCAAAACCUCUGUAUUCUGUAGGUAGGCAAUCAGAAAUAACAGACAAUAUAAAUGCUUGCAGUAUCAUAGUAGAGCUCAAUUGGAACAGGAGCUUCUUCCCAAGCUAUUUAGGAAAGUAGCAGUCAUAGUGAGAAGGCUGCUCCUGCAAUAUUAAAAAUCACUUGCUAGACAGACAACCCUCAUCUUUGACUCCUACCAGGCAAAGUCAGGACUACCUGGAACACAAAGUUUUGCCUUUACAUGACUGUUCAACAUGGAGGCAAGCAUGAACACAGAAGUAUACUAGCUAGCCAAGGUAGUACAUUGAGCAUAUUUUUUUUAAAGCUACCUCUUCUUUUAGCAGUUACUAUGUAGCCAAUCCACAAAUUCAGCACUUUAACAAGCGAUAUCUUAGUAUCAGGCAUUCUCCCUACCUAAGAACAGUUGCAUCAAAAGAUGCAAGAUA